AUGGGAUGUUGUGCCACAAAAGAUGUGAGUGCGUUAAAGAAUACUAAAUCAAAAAAGGAUAAUCAUAGCUCAAAGCUAUUUCAGAAUAUAAUUAAUAGCAAUAUUUUUGAGAACCGAUUAUUAUUUUUUCGAGAUUUAAUAAAUGUUGAGCAAUCAAAUUACAAAAAUAAAGACCAUGCUUCAUCGAUAGAAUUUAUUCAUCCUCAAAUGAAAGAAUUACAUGCAAUUUGGAUAAUCUCAAUGUUAAAGAAACUAAGAUCUGAAAUAGAUACAAUCUUUUUAUUAUCGCGAUUAAUUGAAAUAAUGGAGUUAUUGGACCCACUUGAUGGAGAUUCCAUUAUAAGGAAUCACAUGUAUGAGUCAGGUGCUGUAGAAAUAUUGUCAAAUAUCAUAAAAUAUCAUAAAAGAUCCCCCGAAAUUGUGUUAAUAUGUAUUUUCUUACUAACGCAUUUAUCUUUUAAUGAUGGGAUUUCAGAAAAAAUGGUUCUAUUAAUUAUACCUGAAAUUUUGGAAUUGUUUACACAUUUGGAAAAGAAUUUUUGGAGCUGUUCAGCAAAUAAUACGAUUUUAAUGGCAAUUUUUAGAUUAAUUUUUAUUUCUUCAUCUGAUUCAUUAAGUGUAUCUGAGAUUUGGGUUGAUUCCAACAUUGGGAAAAAAAUUGUGUUGUAUUUAAAAGAUGAAAAUGUUGAUGAAAGAACUCAAGUUUGGGGAUUUGCAGCUCUGAAAUUUCUUAUUAGAUCAAGUUUAAAAGCAUGUAACGAGUUUUUGAAAUUAGGAGUUUUUGAAUUAAUAACAGCAAAGUUAGGGAAGAACCAAGAUUUAUUUCUUAUUGAGAAUAUAUUUUCAAUAUAUGUUUCCAUAUUAUCCACUUCUCAAGACUUUAAAUUCAACAAUCCCAAUAUUUUAAAGGAAAUAUUGGAAAUUAUUGAUAUUAAUGUUAAUAAUGCCCAAAUAGUUCAACAAGGCUUAAUUAUCUUAAUUAUAUCAUGUCAAAGAACUGAGGUUUAUUCUCAUAUUGUUGCUGCACACGGAGCAAAGAAGAUUAUUCAAUCAAUUAUCAAUGUUUAUAGAAAGAAUUUCGAAUUUACUCAGAUUACUAAACUUUCAAAGCAGUUACUAAAAUGUUUAUGUUCAUUUUGUUCAAAAACUACCUCAAUCAAGCUCGUUAAUAAUCAGCUUGUUUUUUCACGUCAAUUUGAUCCAGGUAGGUUUAAUAUUACUUAA